UUCAUUUGUUCCCUUGUAUAGUGUUCAACACGCCCAAUAGAUGUCAUCUGCGUAUGUCGGUUACCUCUUCUUGUGUUUAGUGUUCGACCAGCAGAUGUCACCUGCUUCUUCUUUCGAGACAGUCACGGUUGCUAUGGUAACAGAGUCGGUAAACAAAUAUAGUACGCAGACGCAACUUGUUAAUAUACGUUUGUGCGUAUGGCAUUGUUCAGUGUGUAUAGGACGAACGACAGACGCUGCGGUGACGGUAUGGAGAAAACGAUGUGGGAAGAUAAAGAAGUUAAAUUUGAUCUGCCUUUAAACAAGUUGAAGAUGCGACCAGGAGAGAAAGUGUUAGACAAGCUAGAUUCUAUUGAGGACACAAAAGGAAAUGAUGGUGAUAUUGGUCGUUUAAUAGUGACAAACUUAAGGAUAAUAUGGCACUCACUUUCAACACCACAUUUCAACCUAUCGAUAGGUUACAACUGUGUAGUCACAGUCACAACAAGGAUGGUGAAUUCAAAACUUCGAGGUACAACAGAGGCGCUUCACAUCCUCACAAAAUCAAACAAUGUCCGAUUUGAAUUUAUAUUCACAAACCUCAUUUUAGGGAAUGCUCGACACAUUACAUCGAUUAUGGGUGUAUUUAAAGCUUAUACAUCAUCAAGAAUGUACCGUGAACUCAAGUUGAGGGGUGCCAUCAUUUAUAAUAAACAACUCAAGCUUCUUCCACUAGAGCAAGUUGUUACAACUGUGAAUGGAAUAUGGAAUCUGUCAAGUGAUCAGGGAAACCUUGGCACAUUUGUUAUAACAAAUGUUCGUCUUGUAUGGUUUGCUGAUAUGAAUGAAAAUUUCAAUAUUUCCCUGCCAUACCUUCAGAUAGCAAAAAUAAAUAUCAGACAGUCAAAAUUUGGAACAGCUUUGGUUGUAGAAAGUGCAGAAUCUAGUGGAGGAUAUGUGCUCGGUUUCCGAAUAGAUCCUGCAGAGAAACGACAGACUGUGUACAAGGAACUGUGUUCGCUGCACAAGGUUUACAGUCAGAAUCCAGUAUUUGGCGUUCAGUAUACAGUUGGCCAACAGACCCAGUACCAAGAAGAGAGCUCCAUGUUUGCUGAUGAUACACAGGAAAUCGUUGAGUCAAGUGAUGAAAUGUCCAAUGUUUUCCUUACUUACUUUGCUGAUGAAAACCAUGAAGACAGGGAACCAGUUUAUAAUCAAGAACUUGGACUGGCUAUUGAAGCUCUGAAACCUGGAACUACAUUGCAGAAUCUGUGGGAAGUUAUACCUUCUUCAUAGUGCUGUACCCUAUCAACUUACAAUGUAACAUAGAACAUGAGUCAUGUUUACAGAAUGACAUUCAUUUAACUGUUUCAAAAGAGAUGUCAAAUUGUACCUGUUGAAAUUUUUUAUCCCAAGUGGCUGUAUUUUUGUACUUAAUAAAAAUUUUCUGAAAGCA